CCUCUUUUCUCCAUUCUUUCAGUCACUCCAAUAUUCUCCCUCUUCUUCCAUAACCUUCCCCAAUUAAAUUAUUCACAACUAAUAAUUUAAUCGCCUGCGCUUUCUGUACGAUUCUCAUGACCCUCAUUAGGACCCUUUGCUCGUCUUCAAUUUCUAUUUGUUUACGUCAGAUUCAUUUAGCAUAUGUACGUCAAGAGGGAUUUGCUUAUUUAAAUUCCAUUAUUUUCUCUGUUUUAAAAAAAACAAAAAAGAAAAAUCUUCAGCCAAAUUAACACUUGGCCCGCGGCUGCCAACAACUGCCCGCCGUUUCUUUCUCCGGCCUACUCCAGUUUCUUUAGGUAAAUUGGAGAUAUGGAAAAUAUAGUUAAAAAGUAUCAGCAGAGAUUCAGGAAAGUGAAGGAAGAGAUGGACACGUGGAAUGAUCUUCAAUCUCGACUGCUUUCUCAGUUCACUAAUGCUUCUUCUAUCAUUCAGAGAUUACAGGUUCUUCAAGAUUCUAAGAAUUAUGGUGCCCUGAGAUGUGUUGAAGGCAUUGAAGAAGCUAUUUUGCUUAAACAGAUGGAUUCUCUUCAAACUAUCUUGCUUUCCAUGAAUCAAACUCUGGAAAAAUUUCGUUCUGUCAUGUUAUCGCUUGAGAAGAUGGUUCGUGAUGGUAGACAGCUCGUAAAAGGGGGAUCCACUCAGGUAACUGUGAAACAGCUGCAGCAACGCAUUGGGAUAAAACCAAGUAUUGCUGAUUGCUUGGAUGGGCUAAAACUUCUCUGUGAGAUGCACCAAUCCGAGUACCGUCUUAAAUUAUCGGUCAUAUCAGCAGUAUCUGCGGUUGCCUUAAAACCCAGUGCAACUGAUGAUUUAGGUGCGCUUCAGCAGCUGUUGGUUGAUCAGCCUAACAUCCCCAAAGAAGAAGUACAAUUCAUUUUUGAUAUCAUAUUCGCUGAAGAGAUGGCUUGAUGUCCUUCUCGCAUGGAUUUUGGACUGAUGAAGUGAUUUCUGAACUGGUGAAAUCUAUUUUUAAGUUCAGACUGAAGAAAUUGAGGCUUUUCCCUGACCAAAGAGAACAUAGUCGUCGAUAUUGGAGUCCCAUCCAGUGGAUAUUGUUUCCACUUGGUUAAAGCAGUGAAUUAUUUUUAUCACUCCAGGUGGAAGGUGUUGGAACCUGGAGAUAGAAGAGAUUCUUAAUAUAGAUAUCACUGUAAACUUAAGCUGCUUUGUAUAUUUAUUUCGUUUAUUCACAUUUCUAUUUACAGCUUUUUGUUCUAUUAGUCCUUAGUUGGUAACAUAGUUGUGAUCACAUAUGAAACAUCUUAACUAGUGAUCUUUUUUGCAAGGGUAUCCAAAUUCUGAUUGUUGAGAUUAA